UGACAGCACAGUCUGUCUGCAAGACGUAGACCGAGAAGGACUGUGACUGAGAGCGAAUGUGAUCGAGAGGGACUGUGACCGAUAUUUACAGCGUCUCUUCGUCGAUCGUGCGCGAAUUUUGAAUCAAUGAUCGGUUUACCCAAAAUUGCCUUUGAUUCUAUGUUUACAUUCUUCUUUCUCGCUGACAAAUGUCUGGGAAAGACAGACCACUGCAACAGCUACCGUCAAAUAUAGUAACUGCGAAGGAAUUAGCAAGAAGUCUUGGUUUGGUCAAGAGGACACUGUCAUCUUCCACCAGUCGGAAAAAAGCUCAAAGAGAGAUCAGACAACGCCAGUCUUUUACAUACUUGAUUGUUCUUGACUUUGAGUCAACAUGUUGGAAAGAUAAGAAGAUGAAUUAUGGCCCAGAAAUAAUUGAAUUUCCUGCUGUGCUUCUCAAUACAUCCACUGGAGAGCUGGAAUCAGAAUUUCACAUGUUUGUGCAGCCUACCGAGCACACAAAGUUGAGUGAAUUCUGCAGAGAGCUGACGGGAAUCACCCAGGCUCAAGUGGAUGAUGGUGUUCCAAUUGGCACAUGUCUCAUGCUGUUUGGACGCUGGUUACAGGAGAUGAAAGAUAAAAAAGGCUUCAAAUUUCCUUGUGAGCAGGUACAGAAAAACGAUCAGGAAAACAGCAUGGAGAGUUUGGACAAGUGGUGCACUUUUGUUACAUGGUCAGACUGGGACUUAGGAACUUGCCUUAAAAAUGAAUGCAGCAGAAAGCAGUUGAGAAUGCCUCACCCACUCAGGAGCUGGAUUGAUCUGCGAGCAACAUACAAGAACUUUUACAGUCGCAAGCCACAGGGAUUGGCAGGUGCUCUUCAAGACCUGGGAAUCAAAUUCACUGGUAGAGAACAUUCAGGUCUGGAUGAUGCCCGCAAUACCGCCGGACUUGCCUGGAGAAUGAUAUCUGAUGGAUGUAUCAUGCAGAUAACAAAAUCUAUAGAUGGGAUGUUGGAAAAGCUUUGGGAGAUUGUGGCGCAGAGUGUUAACUCGCAAAGAGAUUCAUCAUCAUCAAGCAAGGAACAUAUUUUGAAGUGUUACAAUGAUAUGAAAAGCAAGGCUCUCACAGCGCAUACAAAGCGUCAGAUAAAACCAUCUCCAGCUUCAGAAAAAAAUUUGCACAGAAGUUUAGACUUUUCCAGACUGCCGUCUGAGAAUCACGUUGAAGGUGACAUGAUUGCUGACCCACUGAACACUGCAGUUAAAAGUAAAAUUUUGGGAUCGGGAGUUGGUUAUCUCCGUCAAAAAUUGACAGCUGUCAAAGAUAAAGACAAGCUUCUCAAAAUUCAAGUCAAAGAGGCUAAAACCGACGACGAGCGCAGAGCUCUGACUAUUGUACCUGGUCUUAAAAGGAGCGCACCACAAAACAUUGCUUGCGCGACUUUGGUAAGUAUUAGCUCCAAAUCAAGCAAUGGCUGUGACAGCGCUUCUACGAGCCUUAUAACACCGUCAACAUGUUUGUCAAGUUUGAACAAGAGACCUAGAGAAUGCUAUGGUGAUUUCAGACGUGAAACGCCGAAAUCUUCUACAACAGGACUUAUUUUAAGAAAAGGGCUCGCGAAGCAAACACUGAGCGAGAAGAAGCGCGCAGUUGUAGGAUGCAGUGAUCGCCAAGUGUUGAUUGGAAUUGGACAGAGCGAAAGCAAGACGAACAUCCAGCCGUGUAAACCCUCAAAUAUUGAAUCUAGGCCUGUAACAGUACCCUCACUUAGGCCCCAAGUAAAACCAACGUCCGUUAAGGGUGAACAAAAACAAAACCAAGACCUGGAGAAAAAUAACAACUGCAUCCCAUAUGCUUCAGCUUCUCAUACAGCAGUUUCACAAAAAGCCAGAACACUUCCUACACCCACGAACUACUCAAUGCGCUUGGGUAAAGCGUUCACCACCCCUAUGGGGAAUCCUCGCCCGUUCACCCCACCCUCUGUUGUGAGAACAAAUGUGAAUUCCCCAGUCACCCCACCCGUAAUUUCUUUCAAUGGAGGUGGUGUCACUCCACCGCUGUGUAAAUGUGGGCGCCGCACUCGGCGAAGAUGUGUUGUGAAUCCGGGACCUAAUCAGGGGAGAGCUUUCUUUACCUGCUCGUUCAAUCAUGGCAAGUCAGGUCUAGGGUCAAAUGUCAGUAAAAGGAAGUCUGAAGGUGGCUGUAAGUUUUUUCGUUGGGAGGUUCGUUUAUAGAAUUGUGCAAUCAAAGAGAUUACUGUAGUGGUUUGUGACACGUGUUCAAUCUCGAUCCCAGGCUCUCUCUCCUAUUCCUCCCUUGUGGGAGCAUGGGAUUGAGAUUGAGAAGAAUAAAUAAAUAUGACCUCAUAACAGAAACUGUAGUUGUUUUUAUGUUUAAUAGCUAUGUAAACUAGCUAUGCUGUGUUCAAUCUUGCUUCACCCUACAGCUCUGUGGGAUCACGAACACUCAUUUUGACAUAUAGGUAUCGCUCCUUAGUCAUACUCAAUAGAUUAUAUCUACUCAAGUUGUGGCACACUUCUCAUUUCCC